GUCAAAUCAAAUCUAUAAAAGCAAAACAAUGCGAGCAACGUUGUUAUUAAAUUAAAUAAUACUUUAUUUAACGUUCAUAACCACAUCAAAAUGAUAAUUCUCAGUAGUGGCUCGCUUGCAAUUGUUGCAGAUAGUAACUAAGGGCACUUAAGACCAGUGAUUUUUUACUAUAUUGCGUAUUAAUGUGACAUAACCUAUAGGCGUGCGAAUUACUUUUGAAUUUAAUUCAAAAUGCGAUAUGCACAAUUAGUUGUUGGCCCUGCUGGCAGUGGAAAGUCAACAUACUGCUCCACUAUAGUAAAGCAUGCCAGUGAUUCCAAACGCAUAGUAGAGGUAGUGAAUCUGGACCCAGCAGCAGAACACUUUGACUAUGAACCACUAGUAGACAUACGGGAACUCAUACACCUGGAUGAUGCUAUGGAAGAUGAGGAACUACAGUUUGGACCCAAUGGAGGACUAGUUUUUUGUAUAGAAACCCUCCUUGAGAACUGUGACUGGUUAGAAGAACAGCUAGGUGAUGUAGAUGAUGAUUACCUGCUGUUUGACUGCCCUGGCCAGAUAGAACUGUACACCCACCUGCCUGUCAUGAGAAAGCUGGUUGACCUGCUGCAGAAGUGGAACUUCAGGAUAUGUGUAGUGUUCAUGGUGGACUCACAGUUUAUGAUUGAUGGUGCUAAGUUUUUGUCAGGCACAAUGGCAGCACUCAGUGUGAUGGUAAAUUUGGAACUACCACAUGUAAAUAUUCUCACAAAAAUGGAUCUGCUUAGCAAGAGUGCGCGGAGACAGAUUGAUGACUACCUAGACCCAGACCCACACGUGUUGCUCGCAGACAUGAGAAACGCAAAAUCAAAAUGGCACGAGAAGUAUGCGAAGUUAACAGAAGCUAUCGGAGAAGUUGUGGAAAACUUCAGCCUGGUCCGUUUCUACCCGCUGAACAUAAAGGAUGAGGAAAGCAUUGAUAACAUUAUGCUGACCAUAGACAACAUUAUUCAGUAUGGUGAGGACGCUGAUGUGAAGAUCAGGGACUUUGAUGAAGAGGAUCCUGAAGAUGUGAACUGUGAUUAAAGUUUUUUGUUAUAA